CAGAAUCGUACCGAGAGCAUCGAGGGUGCGGUUUUAUUUUUCUUCCCACGCUUGUCUAUUCGUUCGGUCAAUCGAGUAAAAUAAAUUUACGCUUCUCCGUUUACGUUUCCCCUCAUCUUUUACGCGAUCGCGCGUACUACGAGGUGUGGACGGGUCGCAUCGGACUUACCUCGACGAAGUUUCUCUUCGAUAUAUCGAACAGUGCAGUCUACGAAGGUCGCCUGGCACGCGCUACCACGAUUCCUGCUUCUGGGUGGUGGGGGAUUCGGACCCGUGAUAUGACUUUAGUGGGGCCCAAGGAGGAAAGCGUCCUACCCAUCAUGCUGAGUGUACAGCAGCAGCAUCAUCAUCACGGCCUUCACGCUACUUCGAGCGCGCAGACCCAUCGCGGCAACGUGAUUGUCUCUACCAGCGGCAUGCCGACCAAUAAUAGUAGCCUGCAACAUGGAUGCAAGCGCUCCAAGAUCUACGGCCAAUCCAGUGGGCCUUACGGCACGGUACCGCAUCAGCCUGCCUCAGUGGCCAGACGAAAUGCACGAGAGCGCAAUAGGGUGAAGCAGGUAAACAAUGGGUUCGCCACUCUCAGGCAACACAUACCGCAGACGGUGGCGCAGGCGUUGGGUAGCAGUACAGCCGGGACUCACGGUGGAUCCAGAGCCGGCAGCAAGAAGCUGUCUAAGGUAGAAACCUUGAGAAUGGCGGUGGAGUACAUCAGGAGUCUUCAACGUCUCCUGGAGGAGCACGACGGCGGUUCCGAAUCGAGCGGAUCUUCGCCCACCUCUUCCACGUCCUCCAAUUCACCCGCAUGUGGUUCUGACAAUGGGAUCGGCGGUGAUUCCGGUCAUCCGGCAGAGUUGAGACUACGUGGUGGCAUCACCGGCGAAAUACGUCAUCACGGUAGCCUACACGAUUCUGAUCUACACCAUCAUCAACAUCUCCGGCAGAAUUCGAGCCCGACUUUCGUUCCCACAACAUGUUCAGAGGCGUCGAGCUCGCCGACGCCGAGCUUCGUCUCCGAAACCUCGUCAGCUGGAAGUCAAGGUUACGGCACCUCUGGCACGCUUUAUACCGCGUAUUCUGACAGUUACGACAAUCACGAGCCGAUGAGUCCAGAGGACGAGGAGCUACUGGAUGUCAUCACUUGGUGGCAGAAUCAAUGAGACGACGCCUACGU